AUGGCCUUCGCCGGCCGCCGCGACGUACCCGAGCCGCCCGACUUCGGCAUCCUGAAGCGGCUGGCGCGGGACCAGCUCAUCUACCUGCUGGAGCAGCUUCCCGGGAAGAAGGACCUGUUCAUCGAGGCCGAUCUGAUGAGCCCCCUGGACCGCAUCGCCAACGUCUCGAUCCUGAAGCAACACGAAGUGGACAAGCUGUACAAGGUGGAGAGCCGGCCGGCACUCAGUGCCAGCGACCAGUUCUGCUUCCUUGUCCGGCCACGGAUCAGGACAAUGCGGUACAUCGCUGAUAUCAUCAAUGCUGACAAGAUGUCAGGGAGGACUAGGAAGUACAAGAUUAUCUUCAGCCCCCAAAAGUUUUAUGCUUGCGAGAUGGUGCUGGAGGAAGAGGGAGUCUUUGGUGAUGUCACCUGUGAUGAAUGGUCCUUCUACCUUCUCCCCCUGGACGAAGACAUCAUCAGCAUGGAGCUGCCUGAGUUCUUCCGUGACUACUUCCUGGAGGGAGAUCACCGCUGGAUCAACUCCGUCGCUCGGGCGCUGCAGUUGCUGAACUCCCUGUAUGGCCCUUUCAGCAAAGCCUACGGCAUUGGCCGGUGUGCCAAGAUGAGCUACGAGCUGUGGCGGGAUCUGGAAGAGGAGAGUGAGGGUGAGGGCCAGGGCAGGAAGCCUGAGAUUGGGAACAUCUUCCUCAUGGACAGAGACACAGACUACGUGACAGCACUGUGCUCCCAGGUGGUCUACGAGGGGCUGGUGGACGACACCUUCCGCAUCAAGUGCGGGAGUGUGGAUUUUGGGCCAGAUGUCACCUCUUCUGACAAGAGCAUUAAGGUGCUGCUCAAUGCCCAGGACAAAGUCUUCAGCCAGAUCCGGAACGAGCACUUCUCCAGCGUCUUCGGCUUCCUGAGCCAGAAGUCACGGAACCUGCAGGCGCAGUACGACCGUCGCCGUGGCAUGGACAUCAAGCAGAUGAAGAACUUCGUCUCCCAGGAGCUGAAGGGACUGAAGCAGGAGCAUCGCCUGCUGAGCCUGCAUAUUGGUGCCUGCGAGUCUAUCAUGAAGAAGAAAACCAAGCAGGACUUCCAGGAGAUGAUGAAGGCUGAACACUCGCUGCUGGAAGGCUUCGACAUCCGGGAGAGCACCAGCUUCAUCGAGGAGCACAUUGACCGACAGGUGUCCCCCAUUGAGAGCCUGCGCCUGAUGUGCCUCCUGUCCAUCACGGAGAACGGACUCAACCCCAAAGACUACCGCUCCCUGAAAACCCAGUACCUGCAGAGCUACGGCCCUGAGCACCUCCUGACCUUCCACAACUUGAAGCGCAUUGGGCUGCUGACCGAGCAGUCGGCUGGGGACACCCUGACGGCCAUGGAGAGCAAAGUCAGCAGGCUGGUGACCGACCGUGCUGCAGGGAAGAUCACAGAUGCCUUUAAUUCCUUGGCAAGGAAGAGCAAUUUUCGAGCCAUAAGCAAGAAGCUGGGGCUGAUCCCACGGGUGGAUGGAGAGUACGACCUGAAGAUGCCUCGGGACAUGGCAUACGUGUUCAGCGGGGCCUAUGUCCCCCUCAGCUGCAAGAUCAUCGAGCAGGUGCUGGAGCGCCGAGGCUGGCUGGGGCUGGAGGAGGUCGUGCGGCUGCUCAAUGGCAAUGAGUUUGCAGUCUCAGACAGCACCGUGGAGGACAACCCCGCCUGGGACUACCAGCGCAUCAUCCUUGCUGUCUUCCUGGGUGGCUGCACCUUCUCCGAGAUUGCUGCUCUUCGAUUCCUGGGGAAGGAGAGAGGGUUCAAGUUCAUCUUCCUGACCACGGCCAUCACCAACAGCAGCCGUAUGAUGGAGGCCAUGAUCGAAGCCAAGGCGUGAGGCCAGCCACGCCUGGCCAGGGCUAGGCUUCACCGACGGGGAGAACCACGCUUUCCCUGUACGAAUAAACA